UGCCAAAUAUGUUGUAAUCUUUGGUAGUCUCAGUUUUCAAUAACUAGGUUAAUGUAACUAAGUCACCAGAGCCCUCCUUUGGAAAGCCCAUCUGCCCCAGAGAGAGAAUUUCCUUCACUUGGAGUCACCUGAAGUUCGUGGACGUUUCUUACACCAAAGAAUCACAGAGAAUGACGGACUACCUUUCAGUCAAAUUACGAACUUUUCUCGGGGAACCUAUAGGAGAGAAGUGUGUUUCCUUUGUGGAUGGAGUGGAUAAAGACCUUGCAGUCAAAUUAAUAGAGAGUGGUUUUGAUAAGGCAUACGUAUUGUUGGGCCAGUACCUCCUCAUGCACAAGAAAGAAGACGACUUCCAGAUGUGGCUCAUGCUAGCAUGUGGAGCUACUCAGCGAGAAGCCCAGAAGAUCUCCAGAUGCCUUCGAGAAUGGAGUAUCACCUUUCUCUGAAGAGUUAGGUCCACUACAUCUUUCAUAUAGCAACUUUGAAUUACAGCAUUAAAGUUCUCUUAAAGAGCAUUGAAAAUUCAA